AUGAACUUGUUGUGGGUUGUACUGGCGAUUGGAGGUGGUGAGUUGGAACGCUGACUUUCAAGGGAUUGUCUUAGUCAUCGCUCAGAGGGCCUAUCCCGAACUAAGUGAUGAAGAUAAAGUGUCGGCGGAGAUUGUGACAGAGCCCGUUGAUGGAAAUCUGAAGGGUCAAGUUAUCAGACUAAAGAACCCGUUGGAUUGGCUGAAGGAUGUUAAGAAUGUCAUCAAAGAGGAUGUUAAUCACCUGUUUCAUGGAAGCGGUAAGAAGAAUAUAAAUAUGAUUGCAAUUCUAUCUUUUUCUAUAAUAUUAUAGACACAUCUGAGGAAGAGGUGACUAGGCGCUUUGGAUUCACUCGAUCCCAUGAAUUCCAGCAUGAGAAAGGUUUGAAAAAUUUGUGGCCUGGGGAGAAAGAAUGGGACGACCAUCCGAGGCCAACGCCAAAAAAUCCUCUUAGCCGUGACGUGAAACGUCAUCCUGACUUCAAACCAAUUGAUUAUACGCCGCUGGAGGACGAGAAGCCUACCGAAAAUGAAGCUCCUCAUAAGAAAAAUCAUCCAAUUGACCCCAUGGUGCAUCCCCGUCCUCCAUUUGACAACGCCCCGCCUAGCGAAGAAGAUACCGGGGAAUUCAACUGUGUCUGCAAACCUAAAAUCGUCCGUGGACGCCCUCAGAGUUUCUUUACCAAUUUGGAUUGUACUUGUAAGGAUUCAAAAGGAGAGAAUAACCCAUUGGAAGAAAAGAUUCACGAAGAUAAGAAGAAGGCCGAACAAAAUGGAUGGAAAAGAUUUAGUGAUUGGAUCAAAAAGCUGAAAGAAUUCAAAAACAAAGAGGUAGAGGCAUUAAGGAAAUGGAGGGAGGGAAAAGAACAUAGGGAGUUGGAGAGAGAGCAGAGAGAAAACGCGACUACUCCAAACUACCAUGAACAUGGUAAGGUCAAUCUUGAUGGUCCAAAUUAUGUCUGAGGCUAGGUUUUUAACCCAUUUACUUCUAGAUGACGCAGAUACUUGCGACAAUCCAGCCCAUAAUCAUCCGGUAAAGACGGACGACAAGAAACAGAAGAAGCAAAAGAAGACAAAGAAACAUGAUGACGAUUCAAAUUCGAGUUCGAGUUCGGAUGAGUCUGCCGAAAAGAAACAAAAAAAGGAUAAGAAAGAGAAGAAAGAAAAGAAGCACAAGAAGGAAAAGAAAGAAAAGAGGCAUUCCAGCUCAACCAGAGAUCACGAAUCGACUCAUGUUCAGAGCACUGUCCAACCAACUACUUUUCAGCCAACUACAGAAGAGACAACGACUUUAGUCCCAACUGGAAGCACCCACGGGCCGACCACUACUGUUAUUGAACGUAUUUUGAAAUAG